UUUCUUGGGUUUCAAAUGUAAGGAACGUGAUCGCAUCAAGGUUGAAUAAGAGCAAAACUGACAAAACAAAACAAAACCAAUAAUAAACGUUUUUGCAAGAGCUGGAGCUUAUCAAUCAGCAUUGCCUUCACCGUGUGUGUUCGUCCCGAACUGUGAUAAUAAAUUAAUUUGUAACAUGUAUUUUUGGUAAUCCAUUAAUUUGUCAUAACAUGAACUUGACGGAUGCCACCUGUAUUCGGGUGUUGACUAGUGAAAAGUUACUUGUUGGCAUAGGCAACACGCUGGUGUUGUACCACAGAGAUGUUGACGGUAGCACACGGAAAAAGUUGGCCCCUUUACCUCCAAUGAGGUCGAAGAUUCACGGAAUUGAUUUUUGUACGGUGGACUCAUCAUGGUUGAUAGUGUUGCACGCCGGUCGUAAGGCUAUAUCGAUUGCUUUGAAUCAGGACGAUGAUUUUUAUGAUUUGACCAAUAUAGAUCUACAGAAUUUUGUACAAAAUGUUUUGUACUAUCCAAAGGAGAGAACCAUGUUAAUGCAUUCACCCAGCCGGUUUAAUGAUUGGAUAAGUACUCUGAAACUAUUGGAUCGCCAAACGAUCGGUCUCAUAACUGGACACGGAGUUGCCAUUUUACUUACCCGGAAUUAUUUUGGAGAUUGGUUGCUGGUAGAUUCCUGUCCAUGUGAAGACAGUUCUACUCUGUUUUACUCGCGAAUCGUUGGCAGCAGUUGGACGGAUUUACUGUGCUUUAGUGGAACUGCCCUCGGAUUGCUGGUGAUUUGGAGACCGUCCGGUGUCCGGAAGGGUCGCGUGCUAAGCAGCAGUCGAGCCCAUAAUGGGGUGAUCUUUUCAAUCGAUUGUGACUGGGAGCGGGGGUUUCUUACCACCGCUUCCGAUGAUAGAUCCGUUAAAUUCUGGACAAUUAGAAGUCACCCGUUACCGGAAGAUUUUGGUAUUGAGCUGGAAGAGAAAAGCUACUGCUUUGGUCACACAGCGAGAGUGUUCCAGUGCAGAAUAAUUCGGGAACGGGAGACGAGUUGGGUUGUUUCAAUCGGAGAAGAUUCGAAUCUUUGCCUGUGGGAUGAUGUAGGGAAUUUAAUCGUUAAGAAACGUUUGGAAGAUGGGGCGACGCUUUGGAAUUUAGACUAUGACGCUGCACAAAAAAUAAUGUUUGUUUGCGCUAGUAACGGCAAUGUUUCACAAAUUAAUUUGGAAGGAUAUUUAACACAUGGAAGAUGUAGUGAAAAGGAUAUCCAUUCAGUUGAAGUAGAUGUUGGCAAAGAGCAUUUGGUUAAGGUUAAGUUUUUAUCAAACGGCUCCCUGGUUGCUAUUACAGAUCACGAUCAAGUUAUGUUACUUGCAGAUUGCUCACCCCCACAAAUUGUUGACCAGCUUGACAACUUCAAAUGCAGCCUUCUGGAUGCUUCCGAGAAGCAAGUUUUUAUUGCUGGCGAUAAGUACCUCAACAUUUACCAAGUUAAUGAUAGCAGCAUUAAGCUGAUUAAAAAAAUGGUUCUUAAUUUUGAUCAGCCAGAUUUUUUGCCAGAACCAGAGCCUGUCAGGUUCAGUAUCAUUAGAUCGUUGCAUUUCUGCUCGAAAUCGAACAUCGUGUUGUGUGACAACAAUGGAAGAUGUCUAGUUUAUGGGCAAAAUGUGGAAAUACUUCAAUCUUGUCAUCGUUUACCGAAAGCAAGCGAGCCUUGGUUAACUUUUGCCUUUGGAAUCGAAGAGAACCUUCUGCUGGCGGAUAGGGCUGGUAAUCUGUUGCUCUACAACAAUGGAAGCCUUGAUCCCUUGUACAAACUAUCGCACCUUCAUGACAAACUCGGGAUAACCGGAAUCCGAUUGGAAGAAUCGACUGAGGAAGGUUAUUUCCUAACGACUUCCGGUCACGAUGGCCAUCUUAGAUCGAUAUUUUUGGAUCCAGCUGAAAAGAUAAUUCAAGUUUAUGGUGCCGAAAAAAUGCCUAUCCGGUGGAUCGAUCGAAUGAGUGAACUAUGUAAUGACCUGUGGUUGAUGGGCUUCAACGACUCUCGAUUUGUUCUAUGUGACAGGAAGCGGGAAAUUUUAUUCCAGAUAGAUUGUGGUGGAGGUCACCGGAAUUGGGAUUUCUUCCGUUCGGAUGAUAAAAAUGGUCGAUUCGUGUUUAUCCAGCAUAAACGUCUCAGGGAGGUUUCUGUUGAGCUGACUCAAUCGACAAGCGGUUUACUGCGGGUGCCUCGUCUGAACUGGCACGUCAAGACUUGUAAUGCGGUGCGGAUAGUGCAAACGGAAGAGGCGGUACUGUUUAUUUCCGGUGGUGAGGAUAACGUUUUACGUAUUCAUACGUUCUGCAGCGAAACUGGAAGUUUGUUGGACCAUCCCCGGAAGCACUUGACUAGUCACAUUUCAAGUAUUAAAUCGAUUUGCCACAGUACGAAGUUAGGCAUUGAUAAGCGGAAAGUCCUUCUUAUCUCCGCUGGUGGACGUGCUCAAUUGUGCCUGACUACGUUGGAUACGGUCACGUUACGAACCAAGGACGAACUCUCGUACAUGCUAUUAGCCAGUGAUUCAGAUCGGUCCCGAUGGCGAAGCAACCGAACCUUAUCCUUUGAUCCGGAAACACGUUUCAUGUGUAUGACACUGGUCGAAUCAAUUGCUGGGUUGUUUGUUGGUUGCUCCGACGGGUUUUUACGACAAUUCAAGCUUUCUAUAAACAAUGGAUCCUAUCAGGUGGAAUUGGCGAAGGAGAUUUACUAUGGAAGGUGCUUUCUACACAUUACAAGCUUGAUCGUCGAAAAUAAGCUGGUGAUUCUAACGACGGCCACUGACGGUUUAGUUUGCUUUUGGGAUGCACAGAAACUGAGCGAACCGUUUCACAAGUUGCGAUACCAUGCAAGUGGUAUAAAUGCAUUUGACGUGAUGUCCCUGGAUCACAAUGGACUGUUCCUACUCGGUACUGGUGGAGAUGAUCAGGCUGUCUUGGUUUCAGUAUUUCGAAUUAAUACAAUAAAGAGCGGUGGUUUCUGCUUCCAGCUACGAAGUACCAUCCGGCAGCAGUGUGCACAUUUGGGUCAAGUAACUGGUAUACGUUUCAUAGAUGAGCACACAUUUUGGAGCGUGGGUAUUGAUCAAGAAGUUUGUCUGUGGCAUUUUACCUCGAAGACAAUGUCAAUUGGGAAAACAUUUCCGAGUUGUGUAUCGGAUGCCAAAGGGCUGGAGAAGGUACUGGGAAGGAACGAAGUAUUUGUGUAUGGAUGUGGUUUCGAAUUCAUACGAGUUACCUCUUAGAAUGAUUUGAUUUGUUUGUUUUUGUAUACUUUUAUUUAUAAAAGGCGAAUGUUCGAGUAUUUGUGUUUGUAGUUAAUGACGUACAUUUUCAUUUUGGUAAAAAAGGCAUAGACACAACUUUGUUCCGCUAAAUAUUAUUUAUUUUUAGUGUCACAAUUCAUACCAUCGAAUUUUCACAAGGAUUUGCCCUGAAAUCUUUUAUUUCGGAAUGAUAGGGAUUUUUUUUUUGGUUGAGUCAUUUAUUAGUUCAAGAAUAAAUUUCUAAACUGGCUGGGAGUCAGCUGAGUAUUUGGUUAUAUUAUGCUGUAUUUAUAUUUGUCUGAAUGAAAUUAAAGAAAGAUCGAACUCAAAAAAUGUUACAUAAAAA